AUGACUUCCAAGUGUCCGAAUACGGGAUCGAUCGAUAGGAAAUACACAACGGCCAAUGGGUGUCCAUUUAUGAAGCCUGAAGGGCCCCCAGCCGACGGACGCACUCUCGCCCUCAAUGACCACCAUUUGGUGGAGUCGUUGGCUCAUUUCAAUCGGGAGAAGAUCCCCGAGCGAGUGGUGCACGCCAAAGGUGCCGGGGCUUACGGGGAAUUCGAGGUACGUAUCUCCUACGGAGGCGUCGAUGGUGUGGCGAGAACACAUGCUGAUUUGAACCAGGUGACUGCUGACAUCUCUGAUAUAUGUAACAUUGACAUGCUGCUCGGCGUGGGAAAGAAGACGCCGUGUGUGACUCGCUUCUCAACCACCGGGCUGGAGCGAGGUUCUGCUGAGGGCAUGAGAGACUUGAAAGGAAUGGCCACCAAGUUCUACACCAAGGAAGGGAACUGGGACUGGGUGUGCCUCAACUUUCCCUUCUUCUUCAUCCGGGAUCCGCUCAAGUUCCCAAGUCUGAUGCAUGCUCAACGACGUGACCCGCGGACCAACCUCCUGAGCCCCAAUAUGUACUGGGACUGGGUGACAUCGAACCACGAGUCUCUGCACAUGGUUCUGUUGCAGUUCAGUGAUUUCGGCACCAUGUUCAACUGGCGAUCCUUGAGUGGAUAUAUGGGCCAUGCCUACAAGUGGGUCAUGCCGGAUGGCUCCUUCAAAUACGUGCACAUCUUCCUGUCGUCGGACCGCGGACCCAACUUCAGUCAGGGUGAACAAGCCAAAAGCAACGCUGAUCUCGACCCUGACCACGCUACACGGGACCUGUACGAGGCCAUCGAACGGGGAGACUACCCGAGCUGGACGGCCAACGUCCAGGUCGUGGAUCCUGCCGAAGCUGCCGAUCUCGGCUUCAACAUUCUCGACGUGACCAAGCACUGGAACCUGGGCACCUAUCCCAAGGAUCUCCCAACAAUCCCCGCGCGCCCGUUUGGUAAGCUGACUCUGAAUCGCAACCCGGACAACUAUUUCGCUGAAGUCGAGCAACUCGCCUUCUCCCCCUCCAACAUGGUACCCGGCGUCCUGCCUUCGGAGGAUCCCAUCCUGCAGGCACGCAUGUUCGCCUACCCAGACGCCCAGCGCUACCGGCUCGGCCCCAACCACCAGAAAAUCCCCGUCAACCAGUGUCCGAUGACCUUCAACCCGACCCUCCGCGAUGGCAAAGGUACUUUCGACAGUAAUUACGGGUCUCUGCCCGGUUAUGUGUCCGAAUCGCAGGGUGUGAAAUUUGCACAGCCCCAGGAGCAUGACCCCAAGUUCAACGCAUGGCUGUCGCAGCUCUCAUCCAAGUCUUGGAUGCAGACCAAUGAGAACGAUUACAAGUUUCCGCGGGACUUUUACAACGCUCUUCCCGAGUUUCGGAGCCAGGAGUUUCAGGAUAAGAUGGUGGAGAGUAUCAUUGCGUCGGUGGCUCAAACUCGCAGGGAGAUUCGAGAGAAGGUCUACCACACCUUCCAUCUAGUUGAUCCCGAUCUGUCUGCACGUGUGAGGCAAGGGGUAGAGGAAGGUGAACGGUCCUUGGAUCGAUACUCCGCUGCCAGAUUAUAA